GCCAUAUAAUGAGUAAAGAAAGACUUCCCUCUUGUCACGACCACGUGGCUUCAGGCUGGAAAGGCCAGAUUUUGAAGGGCUAUCUUCAAAAUCCUUUUCAAAAGUAGUCAAUGGCUGUUCAAGCUAAGUUUAUUACAUGGCCUCCAACUGUACAUCCAUCAACAAUCUCUAGUUUACACAAUGCGAGGUGGGUUUUGAUCCACCAACCGUUAACGGAAAGAGAAUUGAUUUGUUCCUCAAGUUGCAAAAAUGAAAAGACUUGUAUUGUUGUCCUACCAAGAUGGGCAAUUGGGAAAAGUUUGGUGGAAGGACGAAGCAUUACUCUCUUCAGAAUUUGCUGUAGAAUUGCUGUGAUUCACGUGAAAGACAACUUCUUUAUGUUUCACCUUUACACUAACAAGAGACUCGAAGCCUGAGAGCAAUUGGAACGAUCAAAUUCCAAAGGGGCGCGUUGGCAUAACUGAAUAACUGAAUUAAGGAAGGAAUCUUCCAUUCCCUUUUCUGCUUUUUGUCUGGCCAACCUCCUUUCAGAUUUUUCACCUUCUCCCUGAAGGUUUCUCAAAAGCCAAACAUUAAAAAUUUGAGAAAGCAAAAAAGGGCCUUUUCUCUACUUGUAUAAAGGAGUGCAUCAAACAACCAGAAAAUUCCCCCCCCCCCCCUUCUCUCUCACUCUCUCUCUCCCAAUCAUUUGGCAGCUCUUGUUGAUUCUUGAUUCAAGAAAGAACAAGUUUCAAAGAGACCGGUCAAAGAUUCAUCAAAGAAAAGAGAAUGGGGGAGGCAAGAUUGAGCUGUUACCAUCUCUUGGUACUGUUUCUUGUGAUGUGGAUGAGCAUGCGGUCAAGUGGGUUUGGUGUUGGGGUGAACUGGGGAACCAUGGCAACCCACCAGCUGCCACCAGAGAAGGUGGUUAGAAUGCUGAAGGAUAAUGGGUUCCGCAAGCUGAAGCUGUUUGAGGCUGAUGAGAGGAUCUUAGAGGCUUUAACUGGAACUCAUAUAGAGGUGAUGCUCGCAAUACCCAAUUACAUGUUGCCGGAGAUGAGUGAGGACCCCUCUGUUGCUACUUCCUGGGUGCAGGCUAAUGUCAGUAGUUAUAGCUACGCUGGUGGAGUCAACAUCAAGUAUGUUGCUGUGGGCAAUGAACCCUUCCUUCAAACAUACAACGGCACCUUCCUAAAAUAUACACUACCAGCCCUCAAGAAUAUCCAGCAAGCCUUAAACAAUGAAGCGCUUGAGUCGGUCAAGGCCACAGUCCCCUUCAAUGCCGACAUCUACUACUCUCCUGACUCCAACCCAGUUCCAUCCGCUGGCGACUUCCGAGCAGAAGUCAGGGACCUCACCAUUGAAAUAAUCCAAUAUCUACAUUCAAAUGAUGCCCCUUUCACUGUCAACAUCUACCCAUUCCUCAGCCUGUAUGGCAACGCUUACUUCCCCAUGGACUACGCCUUCUUCGAUGGCUCAAACAAACCCAUAAAAGAUGGCAACAACGUCUACACAAACGUGUUUGACGCAAAUUUCGACACUCUUGUAUGGGCACUAGACAGAGCCGGAUACCCAGAUGUGAAGAUCAUUGUCGGAGAAGUAGGGUGGCCAACAGACGGCGAUAAGAACGCCAAUGUAAAAAAUGCAAAGAGAUUCAACCAGGGUUUGAUCCAUCAUGUUCUGAGUGGGAAAGGAACCCCAGCUCGAAAGGGUAAAAUUGAAGCUUAUCUAUUCAGUCUGAUCGAUGAGAAUGCCAAAAGCAUUGCGCCAGGGUGCUUUGAGAGACACUGGGGGAUUUUCGAGUAUGACGGGAAGCCAAAGUAUGAAUUAGACGUAUCAGGGUCAAGGGAGAACAAGGGUCUAGUUGCAGCAGAAGGCGUGAAGUACAUGGUAAGGAGGUGGUGUGUGUUGAACCCCAAUACAGAUGAUUUGGAGGACUUACCAGAUAGUAUUAACUACGCAUGUUCCAUGUCUGACUGCACUGCUUUGGGCUAUGGCUCUUCUUGUAAUCAUCUCAGUGUGGCUGGUAAUGCUUCUUAUGCCUUCAACAUGUAUUAUCAAGUUAACAAUCAGCAGAGUUGGGACUGCGAUUUUUCGGGUUUGGGCAUAGAGACAGAGGAGGAUCCCUCCGAUGAUGAGUGCCUGUUUCCGGUGAUGAUUGCCCAUGGCUCUUCACUGGCACUGCAUAGACUGGAUUUUUUGGCGUCAAUUGUAGGAGGGUGGAUGGUGUUUUUGCUUAUGGUAUAAUAGGAAAAGCUUCAGGAGUCUGUCCUGGUUAUUUCUUUCAAAGGAGAUUUAUGAGCCUGUAGGCUAUAGGUUAUUAUAAAACUGAUUGCUUUGUCAGUGAA